UUUCAUCGGGAUCGCUCCCUUUAAAACUUUUGAAACUCAAUCCCGUUGCGGGAUCCCAGCAUGGGAUUUUGCCAAUCUUUAAUGAUUUUCCUUUCUACAAAAUUUUUUUUCAAAGAAUAAUUAUAUCUGUCCAACAUCUAUUCAACAACAACAACAUUCAAGUCGACCAAUUCCUCUAUCAACAGCUUGUAGCCGAGAUUCUUCUAAUGCCUCAAUUCAAAGCGGUUCCCCAGGCUUUCAAACAGCCGGAGGUGGUGGCUUUGCCCUGUACAGCCCUAAAAAUGAUAACGAUUUCCGUCAAAUUAUAUCUUCGAGUGCACCAACCUCAUGUGAAAUAGAGUAUGUAAUACCUCAAAUAAACAUUAGUAAUGGUCAAAAUAAUUUUCCUAUGGAGGAAUUUGUUAAAAAUAAAAAUGGAAAGGUCGAAAAAGGGGGAGAAUUAACUAUAGAGGAAGAGGAUGAAGAAGAGGAGGAUGAGUCCGAGGAAGAGGAAAGUGAAUGUGAAGUUGUUGGGGAAGAAGAAGAUAAGGGGAGGAAAAAUAAUGAAAAUGAAUUUGAAAAAAUGGAGAAUGGAGGAGUUAAAAUAGGGGAAAAUACAGCAACUAAUGCCAAUACAAACUCGGCUUUAAAUAAUCAAAAAUCUGAUUUAAAGAGGAAACAUAAUAGUUUUGUAGGGGAAAGAAAAAAAGGAAUAGUUAAAAAAGAAACGAAAUUACGCGAAAUUGUUCUUAGGUCUGUAAAAAGAUUUUUAGGUUGUCUAGGUGUGAGUUGUGGUCAGCAGAGGUGGGUCGGAAUUCUGAUUUCCGACGUUUUUUCCUACCGAUGUCCGAAAAAAUUUAAUUUCCGAUUUCCGAGUUCCGACUUUUGA